GUUGCCGUUAUUUGCAAGUUAGGCGGAAUCUCUCUAUCCAAACGUCCUGAAAUUGUUAACAGGUCUCGAUUCUCCCCUUUUUUUCUCUGUCUCAAUCCCCAAAAUCCAAAAAAAAAAUCAGCUGACAAAUCCCCGUAUUUCCCUAUACCACCGGCGGCGAUGGAUGAAACGGAGAUUCAUGAUUUGGCGGACGACGCAGAUUACGCUGCCGCGUCGCAACAAGGCUCCUCAAUCAUGUCUGGGAAUGAUACUAAUAAUCAAAACAAUCCCAUUGACCCAGAAAAUGCAGAAACAGUAUACAUGAAGGAUCAUGUGACAAUUCAUCCAAGUCAGUAUGCCACUGUAAGGAUUAGCGGGCGUUUGAAGUUGAUUAAGCAAGAUUCUUUAUUAUUUAUGUCAUGGAUACCUUAUACAGGGCAAACCUCAAAUGCUAGACUCUCAGAGAGAGAUAAAAACUUGUAUACCAUAAGAGCAGUGUCUUUUGCUGAUAUCCGAUCAAUUCGUAGGCACACUCCAGCUAUUGGCUGGCAAUAUGUUAUUGUUGUUCUGUCAUCUGGCCUUGCGUUUCCUCCCCUUUACUUCUAUAAUGGAGGACUACGAGAGUUUAUUGCUACAGUUAAGCAUCAUGUUUUUAUUGCCAGGUCUGCAGAAGAUGCAAACGUGUUUCUUGUAAAUAACUUUCAAGAUCCUCUUCAGAGAAUUUUAUCUUCAAUGGAGCUUCCAAGAGCUUUAUCUUCAUCUUCAUUUACCGAUUCGCCCUUCAGUGAUAAUCAAGAAAGACUCGAAGAUGGUGGUAGUAGGCAUAAACGUGAUAUUUCAAUUCAGGUUUUGGAAAAAUUCUCCCUUGUGACAAGAUUUGCACGAGAAACAACCUCUCAAUUAUUUCGUGAAAACCUCUUUGAUGACAUUGGAACUAAUGAAAACAAGAAGAAUAACCAAGAAAGACCUCACGAAAUAGCCUCCAUUGAAGCUCCUAUACCCUCUGACCCUUUUGAGCUUGAUAAAACAUCACUGGUGUGGGGAAAACCAAGGCAGCCUCCUUUGGGACAUGAAGAGUGGGCUACAUUUUUGGAUUCUGAAGGCCGAGUUGAGGAUCUAAACGCCUUGAAAAAGAGAAUAUUCUAUGGUGGAGUGGAGCACAGUUUACGAAAAGAGAUUUGGCCAAUCUUAUUGGGAUAUUUUGCAUAUGACUCUACAUAUACAGAAAGACAACAUUUUAUGGCUGUGAAAAAGUCAGAAUAUGAAAUUAUCAGAAACCAAUGGCAGAGCAUUUCUCCAGAGCAGGCUAAAAGAUUUUCAAAAUUUAGAGACAGGAAGAGUUUAAUCGAAAAGGAUGUGGUAAGGACGGACAGAUCGCAUCCGUUUUAUGAAGGAGAUGAAAACCCUAAUGUGGAUCUUUUGCACAACAUACUGGUGACCUACUCAUUUUACAAUUUUGACCUUGGUUAUUGUCAGGGCAUGAGUGAUCUCCUAUCACCAAUAUUGUUCAUCAUGGAAGAUGAAUCCGAAUCAUUUUGGUGUUUUGUUUCUCUUAUGGAACGCCUUGGACCAAAUUUCAACCGUGACCAGAAUGGCAUGCACUCCCAGCUCUUUGCAGUCUCAAAGCUUGUGGAAUUGUUAGACAGCCCGUUGCACAGUUAUUUCAAGCAGAAAGAUUGCUUGAAUUGUUUCUUUUGUUUCCGAUGGAUUCUUAUACAAUUCAAAAGGCAAUUUGAAUACGAUAAGUUAUUGAGAUUAUGGGAGGUAUUAUGGACUCAUUAUCCAAGUGAGCAUCUUCAUCUUUACAUCUGUAUUGCAAUCUUGAAACGGAAUCGAGCCAAGAUUAUGGGGGAGAAAAUGGGAUUUGACACGCUUCUACAAUACAUCAAUGAAUUGUCGGGUCAAAUCGAGGUGGAUGGUGUUCUUCGUGAAGCUGAGGCUCUUUGUGUGUGCGCCGGAGAAAAUGGUGCCGCCGCUAUUCCGCCAGGAACACCGCCGUCGUUGCCUAUCGAAGAUGAGUCAAUAUAUCAACAAGAUGAUGAGGUUUUGUAA